AUGCCGUUCGCUGUUAAGCCGCUACCGUACCCCCACGACGCGCUCGCGUCGAAGGGCAUGUCGAAGGAGCAGGUCACCUUCCAUCACGAGAAGCACCACAAGGGGUACGCCGUGAAGCUGAACGCUGCCGCGGAGUCCAAUUCGCAACUUGCGUCGAAGUCGCUGCUGGAAGUAAUCAAGUCUGAGAAGGGCCCCACCUUCAACUGUGCGGCUCAGAUCUUCAACCACGACUUCUUCUGGCGGUGCCUGUCGCCGCGCGGCGGGUCAAAGCCGCACGGACAAAUCGCGAGCGCGAUCGUCGAAUGUUUCGGCAGCUUCGAGCACUUCAAGAAGGAAUUCACGACUGCGGCCAACGGUCAUUUUGGCUCCGGCUGGGUGUGGCUCGUGAAGGACACGUCGAGUGGCAAGCUGAAGGUGCUCCAGACGCACGACGCGGGCUGCCCGCUCACGGAGCCCAACCUUGUGCCCAUUUUGACGUGUGAUGUAUGGGAGCACGCGUACUACAUCGACUACAGGAACGACCGUGCGGCCUACGUGACCGCAUUUUGGAACAUGGUGAACUGGUCGCACGCCAACCACUGCUACAGGGCCGCUGGCGGCUCCCACCACGUCAACAGUGAUCUGUAA